AUGGUCUCGCAGGCGAUUGAAAUCUAUCGCACGUGUAUGUAUGAUACGCUCGUUCUGUUUCUCGCCGUAUUUCCCGAAAAUGAAGUGAUUCGCAAAGAUCCAUCGUUUGACCCUCGCUGGGAGUCGACCCCAAUUCUUCCACCAUCGUCGAUACUUUCACAAUGGACCCUUUCAAACGUGAAGCGGCUUCUCGAUUUGAUCGAAAACGCCGACAUGAAAUCGCCUUUGGAUCUCUCAACCGUCUGGUCGAAAUUGAUGACGAUGGCCUCAUCAUUUGGAAGGAUGGGCAUCGAUUUUCGGCCAUUAAUUAUCUCGCGUCUCACGCAAUUAAUCGAGAACAAAUUCAAGCGGAAUGUUCAAAAUGCAACACUACAAUUAACCGGCUCGUCGCGCGAAAUUGUCAUGAUCGGAAUUGAUCCCGCCUCGUUGCCGCAAUUCGAGAGCUCGCCCGACUCGCCGCCGGUGCCCGCCGCCGAAUUGAGCCUUUGGGACGAUCUCACAGUCUACGCGAAUCACAUCGUUGAUUAUUUGAACUCGCUUCGCUUCAUUCUCAAUCCGAUUCUGCUCUCCACAGUCGUCACCUCAUUGCGCGACUCGAUUCGAUCGAUACUGUCAUGGUUGGCCACUUGUCAUUCGGCUUCGCCAAAUUUCACGCGAGCGAUUCGCAUCGUGUGCACGUGUUUGGCGCCGUUCUUCGAGAAGUGCGUCGUGUUCUUUUUUCCGCCGUCGACGAUCACUCAAAUUUUCGGCUCGUCUGUGAGCAAGCAGCAAUACCUUCAAUUCAUCGAAUUCGAUAUGCGCCAAUUGGCGGCAUCGUGUGACGGCGCUGAUAAAAUUGAGGAAUACGUGAUAACACUUCUACAAAAGAAAACAUUGGCCGAAAUUGAUUUGGAAAAUGUUUUGAACGUUGACAAAACGAAAUUCUUUUUGGAAGACGUGCCCGAGGAGAAUUCCGAGCAAAAAUUGAGCACGAAAGAACCAACGAUGAGCAGCGCUCUAGAAGAAGAGCCGAGAGAAUCAGAAGACGUUGUCAAACCAGCAGAGGUCCAAUUGGAGCCUUUUACGGCUCCAACGGUCGCAGAGGAACCAGUUGUCCCGCAGAAAAUUGAAGCAGAAAAACCUAAUGCGGAGACAGCUGACGAGAUUCGAAUCGAUGGGGUUCCAUCGGAAGAUCCUCAGCAAGCUAUAGUUGAAUCGCAAACGCCUGAGAUAAGCGAGACGAACCAUGAAUCUCAAGCAACUCAAAAUAGUGAAGCUGAAACUGAAGAAGAAUGGGGAUGGGAUGGUAAUGAGGAAAUCAACGUUGAUGGAAUCGCUGAGGAAGCGAAAGUCAUCGCUCCGCCGGAAAUCAAAAAAGGAAAAAACGAUUAA